AUGUCAUAUAAUUUACGUAAAAGAGCACAUUCUUUAAUUUUUAAUUCAUCACCAAACACUACCGAUUCAACUCCUCAUAAAAAACUCAAAAAAUCAUCGAAUACGCAUGUUGCAACUCCUGUUAUUAAAUCAAACUUUAAUUUACGAAAUAAAGUGCUAUCAAAUAAAUUUUUAUCACAAAGUUCAAGUUCAAAAAGCGUUAAAGAUGACAAAAUCGAACCAUUGUUGUUGCCUAACGUCGUUUGGGUUAAUGACGGAAAGAGAGGAUGGUGGCCUUCAGAGAUAAUUAGUAAAGAUAAAUCUGAAAAACCCUUGUUAGUUAGGUUAUUUGGACAAGAGUCACCGUGUAAAUUAGAGUUGCAUAAUAUUUCCAAGUCAACCAUCCUUCCUUUUCAUAAUGAACUUUUUACGCAACUUCGUAAAACCGGCGAGAAUUCUAAUAUGAAAGAAUUAUUUACGAAAGCGAUGACCGAAGCUAUGGCAAAAGAAACUGAGGAUAAUGAUGGGUUGCCUAGCGAAGAUUGGGCAAUUCAAAUGGUUGUUGAAAAUUCCUCUCCUAAUAGCCAAAAGAAAAGGAUUGGAAAGAGUUCGUUAGCGAAUGAAAAACGUACAAAAGAAAUAAAUAACUCUUCUGUAUUCGGAAAAGAAAGUCUGAGAUGGGAGAAAUUUAUCAGCAAAGAAGGCAGUGAUUUCGAGAUCGGAAAAGAUGGAAAUUUACAAAUUCCAGGAGAGUAUGUGUUGGCUAGGGCUAGGCCGACCAAAAAAUAUUAUCCAGCUACAAUUAUAAGUUUUGACAAGCCAGAUAAAUAUAAAAUCCUUUUUUGUGAUCAUUCGAGCGGAACUGUGAAAAGGAAUGAUUUCUUUACAAAAUAUGAAGGAGGAUUUAAAACUUGUGAAUUGGGUUGCUUUGAAAUGGAAUAUGAAGAUCCAACUUAUGAAGAACCGGAUUUGAUAAAAACAAUUCAAUCACUUGAACCGAUAUUAAGUCAAAUUUUACGAGGCAAGGAAAACUCAUCAUGGAGAUUUCAACAUUUUUAUAUGGGUGGUAAAAAGCGGAACUUAUUAGCAUCAAAAGUUUCACAGGGUCCUUUUACUUUGAGUCAGUUUGGAUUAAUUGCAAGAGUUUUGAGGGGAAUGUUCAUUCCUGAAAUAGCAGAAUCUAUUGAUAAGAAAAGUAAGAUUUUGUCACCGGUGAAACUUACGAAUAAACGUGAUAUAAAGAAUGAAGAAGAAUCAAUCGAGGGAGUAACAGCAAAAUCGAAAAAUGUUGUAGAUAAUGAUAAAUCGAUGAAUAUUGAGGAUUCUAUCACAAUUCAACAUGAAGAAUCAUUGUUUGAUUCUGAUCUUUCGAAUGAUAUAAAAUUACGAUUUGUGAAUGAUGUUUUAUUACCUGAAACCAUAAUAAGAUUAAUUAUGAUUGAUGAGAAAAUAGGAUAUGAAGAAGCUGAUUGUAAAAUGUUGGAUGGAUAUAAUGAACUCAGAUGGGUUGAAAAUCUUAUUGCCGAACGCACUAGUUUUCAAGUUGGUAGUGAAAGUCUUAGGGAGAAAGCUAAAAAAUAA